AUGAAGUUGCGCUCAAGCUCCACCACGUUGGUGGCUCUUUUUGUUCUCAUGGUGCAUGUAAUGGCCUCGACCAUCAAUAAUAAAGAUACAGGAGCAUAUGGAGAGGCAAGCGAUGAUAAGGGCAGAGGCCUUCUCGACUACAGAGAGGGCAAUGGCGAUGAUGAUGACGAUGGUGUUUCCUUAAUUUUGGUGAUAUUUUUAGGAAUGGGCAGUGGAUUCUUCCUUAUUAUGACUUUAGGUUCCAUUAUCUUUCUUGUACACUUACUUAUCCGUCGCAGAGGAAUUCGACUAACGAAUGAAACUCCGGGUUCCUUAGAUGAUGCCGAACAGGAGGCUGAACAGGAUCGCCGAGCAUUGAACGAGCUCCCUCCAAAUGAACAGGAGUUCUAUUUCCAGGCCAAAGACUUCAUUAAGCUAAACACUCCUAUUAAUUAUGAUUUGACUCUUUCACAGUCACUGAUCAUCCAGGAGAAGGGUGUUAAAGCUUGGGAGUUCAAACCAAACGUAGAGAAUGUGGAUCUAAUCAAAGUUACUAAUAAGACAGAGGUGGAGUUCUUACGGGACACUCACGAACUAUCUGUCCAAACAAACUUCCCUAUACCCAAACAAAAUGACGUUUACUACUUUGAGACAAAGGUUUACGAGCUGGCAGAUACUGAUAAUAACCUCAUAUCCAUUGGCAUAUCUACAUUUCCAUAUCCAUAUUUCAGGCUUCCUGGAAGGCACAAAUGGUCCAUUUGCUACGACUCUACCGGCACUAGAAGGUAUAACCAACCCUUUCCUCUCUCUACAUCGACAGGAUUAGGUUCUUUUCCGGCUUUAAAGCAGGGCGAUGUUGUUGGCUGCGGAAUCAGGAUGCAUAAUAGAACAAUAUUUUGGACUCGCAACGGUAAAAAGCUUUCCGAAUCCAAAAUUGGUGGACACAUCAAAAUGCCCAAGGAGUUUCAGGUGUAUCCUACAAUUGGCAGCAAGGGCAAGUGCAAAGUUGAUGUCAACUUAGGGCAAAUGGGCUACGUAUUUAUUGAGGCCAACGUUAAGAAGUGGGGCUUCGGACCUUUGGAAGGCAAUGAAGUGCCACCUCCAAUGUACACCAAAUUUAAUACUGAUGUUCUGCUUGAUAGCAGUGACUUAGAUCCCGCAGAUUUGAAUUUGCGUAAUGGCGAUUUUCCUCCAGACUUCUAUGAAUCUGUGGCAAUGCCUGCCGAGUUUACAGAAAACGAUAGUGAUGAUGAGAUUACUCUUAGAACGAUGCAGCAAAGUAAUAACGGGUUGUUGCCUGAUGGUAAAUCUGUGAGCUCUUUUUCUCCUGUACCACCUCCAGCCCAUCCUCCAUCCUAUACAGAUGUCUUAGACGAGGAGAAUACAGAGGCCGUUAGUGUGACAAACGAUGUGAUACGUAGAGAGAGGGAUAAUAUGACCUCGAAAACGGACAGUAGUAAUGAAGAUGCGAUAUAA